UCCCAGGCUCCUGCCCCUGCGCACUGCCGUCCGCCCAGCCCCCGGCCCGAAUUGGAAAAUGGUGCUGCCAGAGCUAGCAGCGCGCCUAAACUGCACGGAGUACAAGAACUGGGUGAAGGCGGGACACUGCCUGCUGCUACUGCGUAGCUGCCUGCAGGGCUUCGUCGGUCGCGAGGUGCUCUCCUUCCACCGCAGCCUGCUCGCGGCCACCCCCGGCCUGGGCCCCCGCGCCACCUGCCGCGGCGGUUCUCGGUGCAGCCCGCGUGCCCGCCAGUUUCAGCCUCAGUGUCAGGUGUGCGCAGAGUGGAAGCGGGAGAUUUUGAGACAUCACGUCAACAGGAAUGGAGACGUGCACUGGGGAAACUGCCGGCCGGGCCGCUGGCCCAGCGACGCCUGGGAGGUGGCCAAGGCCUUCAUGCCCCGAGGACUCACAGACAAACGAGGACCUGAGGAAUGUGAUGCAGUUGCUCUUUUAAGUUUUAUCAACUCCUGCGAUCACUUCGUGGUUGACCGAAAGAAAGUCAUAGAGGUGAUUAAGUGCCGUAAUGAGAUCAUGCACUCUUCAGAGAUGAAAGUAUCAUCUACAUGGCUUCAAGAUUUUCAGGUGAAGAUCCAAAAUUUUCUGAAUGAAUUCAGGAAUAUCCCAGAGAUUGUGGCAGUGUAUUCCAGAAUAGAACAGCUGUUGACAUCUGACUGGACUGUUCACAUCCCCGAGGAAGACUGGCCCGAUGGGUGUGAAAAUGAGGCAGGAAGUUACCUGAGUGUGAGCCAAGUAAACGAAAUCGAACUGGAAUUACUGAAGGAAAAACUUCAAGAGAUGUACCUUCAAGCAGAAACACAUGAGGUGUUGACCGAAGAGAUCUCAAAUCAACUAGAAAUGGUGAAGGAAUUUCUGAGAAACAAUGAGGAUCUUAGAAAUGGCCUUACAGAAGAUAUUCAGAAGCUAGACAGCCUCUGUCUACAUCAUCAAAAACUGGAUUCAGAGGAUCCUGGGAGACAGUCACCUGAAAGGAAGGCCUGAGGUUGUGCUUCGACACAAAUGAGGCAUACUCUGUGAUGGUCCACGUGGCUUCUGGCUCAGGCAUCCUUUUCUAUGCAGAGGAAAAAAUUUCCAGCGUACUGUACUCAAACAACAAGUUCUUGUUGUCCUGGACUUGGCUCUGACUCUUUGGGGUAGUUUUUUCAUAUUCAUAAACUUGGGGUUAUAUAAUAUAUACCAACCAAAAAGUACUAGAUACUCUUGUGCCAUAACUUGCUACCACCCAGGGACUUUCUGCUGUUUGAAGGGUGAGAGCCUCUUUUGGCUUCCUCUGGCAAAGGGAGUCGGGCCUGUCCUGUGCCAAGGACUCACACGGAGCACUGUGCCCCUGGCAGAUGUGUCCUGUCCCUGCUACCUGCUGCCAGAAACCCUCAUACUUCAGGACUGCGAUGUAAGUGUUGCACUAGAGACCCUUCUGUUUUGGAAGAAGGCAGGAGGGAAACAUGCCUGGAAGACCAUUUUCUAGCCAUUUGAGCUUGCUACAAACAGAACUGCUAUUAGCUGGCUUGAGCACCCUGAGGCGGAGGGCGGGGCUGGUCAUUGGAAGGUCAUCAGGGACCCCGGGGGUAAGGGUAAUGGGGAGCUUGUUUACAUGGUCCUCUUGUGAAGGUGAGUCCACGGCAGGCUCCAGGCUUGCUGUUCUCUCCAGUGUGGAGCACAAGGCCUGCCAGCAGAUGCUCAAUGAAUAUUUGUUUGACUGGAGAGUCAUCUGUUAGCCUAGGAGUAUUUAUUUGUAAGUGUAAAUGUUAGUUACACUGUUAACUAAGCCUGGUCCUUCGUUAUGAAAUUGAAGAAUGAAACUUCUCAACAUUCUUAUGGAAACUCAUUUUCUUUUAGCAGAUUCACAAAUUCCUUCAUAUUUCCUCUAUUCCUUUUACCCCCAAAGUAUUCCACUCCUGCCUUUGUCCUGUUUGUUCCUGAACAGCAAUAAGCACUGUCCCAUUGUGUGCAGGGUCUGUGGGGUUGCCUCACUGGCAUCUUCCCUCCAUCCAAUGGUUGCCAAGGUCGGUGGUACUAGACUGGGUCAGGUCGCUUCUCCACCUUCAGGGACAGAACUGCCUCAUUUCCACACUACCUGGAUGAAGUGCUCCAUGCAAAGCCUGAGGGAAGUUCCUUGAAAAGACUUCAGUCGCAAAGUAAGAAUUUUCACACAUUUAGCAAAGUCCCAAACUAAGAAACUUCAACGAAGUAUCUCCUAGCUUCUAGAUCUGAGAUGCAAAAUGUGGGCUCAAAUAGAACCUUGAUUCGCUAACCAACUGAAGACCUGAUUUCUAACUCUAGGAACUUUGGGAUAUGAACCCUUCCAUUUUAUACCUGCGUUAUUAGUUUUUCCUCUGCCCAAUAAGCACUUCCCAGAUGUCAACCAUGUGCCAGACAUUGAACUAGAUGAGAAUAUAAAGACAUGUAAGGGGUGGGUUCUGGAUGCUGUUGGGUCCUUCUGCUCAGAGAAGCGCUUCCGGGUUGCCACUGGCUGCCACCUCCUGGGGCGAUAAGGAAACAGGCCCAGAGAGGUUAAGUGACUUGGCCACAAACAGCUAGUAGGUGGUGGACCCAGGACUCAAACCCAGUCUAGGAGCCAUGUCCACCUUGUUCCCUUCACUCUUCCCCCAUGUGACUGAGACACUGGUUUAAUCUGGAUCGGCCUUGUGUGGAGGAGACAGAGCUGCAGCAGCAGGAACAGCAUCAGGCCUGGCUCCAAAGCAUCGCAGAGAAAGACAACCUGGUACCUAUUGGCAAGCCAGCCUCAGAGCACUAUGAUGAUGAGGAAGAGGAGGAUGAAGAUGACGAGAAUAGUGAAGAGGACUCAAGAUGAUGAAGACAUGCAGGACAUGGAUGAGAUGAACGACUGUAAUGAAUCACCUGAUGACAGAGAAGUUAAUGAGGAGGUGGACAUGGGAGGCAACGAACAGGAUCAGGACCAGUGGAUGAUCUAGGUUGACAAGGCAGGGUGGCUAUUCCAGGCCAGCCCAACGUACCCUGCAUCCCCAGCCCCCAACCUCUCAGCCCACAGAACCAGCUGACAGCCGCAGUGCCUGAAAGCUCAGCCAUGGGCACUUCCUCAGCUGUUGCCAGGACCUGAUCUUGACCCCUCCCAGACCAUCAGUCUGCCCUUAAAUCCCUAGAGCCUGAGCCCAUCCCACCUUCCUGGCCACCCCCUGGUUGACAGGUCUGGUAUCUUUCUAACCCUUGUUAAUAAAGACACAGGGGGAAAAAAAGACAUGUAAGUUAUGGAUGAUAAUGUAUGGGCUGUCAUUUUAUGGAUGUACCUGCUCUGUUAAGUCAAAGGUAUUGUUCAGAAAGCUUUAUACUGGAAACAUUUAAUUACAUUGAAACAGAAAGGAAGACAUGGCCAGCUAGGGCUUUAAAGUAAAUGCAGCGAAUGCAGAGUCAUCAACCUAUGAGCAUUUCUUUGACAGAAUUGUGUGCAUGGGCACAGGGGCACGCACCGCAGUAUAGCCAACCAGCCAUUAAUAGAGGACCCCUUAAAUAAAGUGUAGCAGGUCAGACUGCAGAAUCUUAUGAACCUAUUAGAAAGAAUGAAAUGAUACUGCAAUACAGUAAUGUGGAGUGAUCUAUAAAACAUACUAAAUAGAAAAGCAGGGCUGAAGGUGUAGCUUAGUGGUAGAGCACCUGCCUAGCAUGUAUGAGGCCCUGGGCUCCAUCCCCAGCACCAUGACCAAAUCUAAAUAGGUAGAAAAGCAAAAUGUUUAACCAUGCUUAACUAAGGUUCGAAAAGUCAUGUGCUUUUCCCAAGCUUUUUUGCUGUUAGGUCUGUGAAAGCAGCUGAGGCCUUUUUUUUUCUUUUUUGGGGGGUACCGGGAAUCGAACUCAGGGUCUUGGGCUUGCCAGACAGGUGCUGUGCUGAGCCACACCCCCCCCAGGCCAUAUUUUGUAUUUUGUGUACUCCCACAUGAAUUUUUUUUUUUAACUACCAGGGAUCAAACUCAGGACCUUGUGCUUGUGAGGUGGGCAGUGGAACCACUGAGCUAAAUCCCCAGCCCCCCACAUGAAAUUUUUAUAAAUGUGCACUCAUAUAUUUUGAAGUUUUUUAAUUAAAAUUAUUUCAAAAUAAAGAGACUUGAACAAUGUAAAUUCAAAUUGCAAGACCUCACUGUAUUUUCCAUAAUUUGUUGUCAUCUCCGUUUUUGUAUCUCUACCUCCAGGGUUCUGGUGAAUCCUCAGGGUCAUGGGAAGAAACCUACUAAGCAUGGUCCUUCUGCCUAGGGUUCCUUUGGUUCAGUGUGCACUCAGCAAUAUGAUCUGCUCUCAGCCUCUCCCUGGGACACAAUACAUACUUUACAGUUUUGAAAAAAUUCAAGAAAAAGAUGACUUUAGCAUUAUGGUUUUUUUGGUUUUUUUUUUGCAGUAUCGGAGAUCAAACUCAGGACCUUGUGCUUGCCAUGCAGGUGCGGCACCACUGAGCUAUAUCCCCAGCCCCUUUAGCAUUAUGUUUGCAGAGAUAAGACAGUCCUUGGCUUUCCCAGGGAGUUGGAGCAAGAUGUGUCUGUCACAUUAAACUCAGCAUAAAACAUCUGAAUUCUGGGACGUGACUAAAGUGUGUUUGUGACUAAAACUUCUGGAAAACUAGCUCUGCUAACUCAAAAUGUUACUGGCUUUAUAAAGUCGUGGUAGAGAUCUGUAGACAGUUUUCAGUCACCAAGGUCAGGAUGGAUUAUGUUUGAGCAUUUGGAGAGAUUAUGCAAUGAUGGUUACAUGAAUGAUUUGAAAGGCUCAUUUAUAUUAAAAUAUUACUCAUAUGACUUAAACAGUAAUAUGUAGGCAAAAAAGCCUGGAUCUGUUAGUUGAGUGGAUGUGUUUCGAAAGCAGUGUAGUAAAAGCAGCAUUGCAUUAGAGUGGAGAUGUUGCCAUCUUUUGAAUAUUUCUUCUGAUCAUUUUGACCUCUAAAUUAUAAAUGUAGAAUGAUGGGAAAUUAUCAGCAGUUAUUAUCUUGUUUUCUCUUACCAGGUUAAUUAGAAGAAACCUACCUGCUCUGAAAUGUCUUCAACAGACAGUGGUCUUUUAUUGAAAUAUAUUCAAAUUACAAAAUACAUUUUGUAAGACAUGCCUAAAAACAGAUGAAUCUCUGCUCAUGUAAUACUCAGUGAAGUGAAAAAAAUCCUUUAAAGUUUUAAUAAAAAUCUUGAUACAAUUCA